CAGGAAACUAAGUGUGCGGAAAUAAAUGUCAACACUCGUGUCGCCAUUGGACUUGCAGGCAAGCUGAGUUUUGAGGAGCGAACAAGAGCCGUCGAUGCGUGUUGGUCGUGUUGUGAGAACUUCCCAGGUCCGAACAGCUGAGCGACAACAUGUCCGAUGGGAACACCGCAAAUGCUGCUCACAACAACUCCACCCUAAAAGAGAGCCUGGAUGAGUGUAUGGAGGCCUUGGAUCUCUUCCUGAACAACCACUUCACUGAGAGUCUGGAGAAACUGCGGUCAAAAGUGGACGAGAGUAUGUACCAUGCUCUUAUCUACGCCACGGUGCUGGAAAUGCAGGCCAUGAUGACUUUCCAGCAUGAAGACAUUUGCAAUGCAGGAGCGACUAUGAAGACGGCACAGGAGCUCUGUCAGAGGUUCCGGCGGAAAUCCCAGGGUUUAGUAAACAAGUCAGCGGGCGAGCCACUCACUGAAGAGCAGCUCCAUGCUGAAGUGUGCUAUGCAGAAUGCCAACUCCAAAGGGCAGCUCUCACCUUCCUUCAGGAUGAGAAUAUGGUGAGUUUUAUCAAAGGCGGGAUCAAAGUACGAAACAGUUACCUGAUUUACAAAGACUUGCAUACCUACGUCAAUUCUCAAAGGUAUCUCAAAGGACCCAGCCAUGUUCAUUUAGAGGGUGGAAUCUCUUUUGGAAUCGGAGCAUUCAAUCUGACCCUUUCGUUGUUUCCUCCACGAAUAUUAAAGGUUUUGGAGUUUGCAGGGUUCUCCGGAGACAAGGAGUACGGUUUGUCCCUGCUGGAUGACGGCGCGACGGCGCUGAACCUGCGCUCCAUGCUGUGUGCUCUGCUACUGCUUUGCUACUACACCUUCCUCACGUUCAUAUUAGGAACAGGAGAAGGACACGUGGUAGAAGCUGAAAGGCUGCUAAAAACCUUCAGGGUCCGCUAUCCACAGGGGGCAAUAUUCCUCUUCUUUGCUGGCAGGACGGAAGAGAUGAAAGGAAAUAUUGAUGGGGCAGUGGCACUAUUUGAAGAUGGCUGCAAGGCCCAGCAGGCAUGGAAGCAGUUCCACCACAUGUGCUACUGGGAGCUGAUGUGGUGCUUCACCUAUAAGCGAGCAUGGAAGAUGGCCUACUUUUAUGCAGACCUGCUGAGCAAGGAGAGCCGGUGGUCCAAGGCUAUGUACAUAUACAUGAAAGCUGCUUACCUCAGCAUGCUUCCAAAGGAAGAGGCAAGGCCCUUUGGAGAGGAUGAGGUGGACCUCUUUAGACAAGUGCCUGCCUUCAAGCAGAAGAUAGCGGGGAAGUCUCCGCCCACUGAGAAGUUUGCCAUCCGUAAAGCCCGCCGCUACAAGGCGCACUGCCCAGUCAGGCUAACAGUGCCGGUGCUGGAGAUGAUGUACAUGUGGAACGGCUUUAGUAUGAUCAGAAAACGACCAGAGCUCACUGAAGGCAUGAUGCAGACUCUGGUGGAGGCUGAACGCAGCCUGUUGGAGUCUCCAGAAACAGAGUUUUUAGUGGACGACCGCUGCGUGAUCCACCUGCUGAAGGGAAUGUGUUUGAAAAACCAGGGUCUCCUCCAAGGUGCUCAAGAAUGCUUUCAGAGAGUGUGUUCUAGUGAGAAGAAGCUCAGGUUCGACCACUACCUCAUUCCCAACUCCAUGGUGGAGCUCAGUCUGCUCUACAUUGACCAAGGCAGAAGGGACGAGGCCAUCAAACUCCUGCACAAAGCCAAGCACAACUACAAGGAGUACUCCAUGGAAUCCCGUACACAGUUCCGGAUACACGCCGCUCUGGCCAAACUGAAGGCCGGCUCGGCGGACGGCGAGGACUCUCACCUGUAGUGAGACGAUGGUUGAGUAGACACACCCUCAUAAUCCCUUUUUAGUCUUUUAACCAAUGCCCAGGUUUUAACUUAUCCUUUCAUCAAUGCUGGGUUUCCAUUAAGUCUUUUCCCCACCAAUUAUCUGAUCAAGGUGUGGCCUGAUGGGCUUUUAACAGUAGAAAAGUGUUACAUUUUGUAUUCAUAGGACAUCAUUUACUUGUGUAAAACAGACUUGUGAGACAUUUCAUGUAUGAACAAUGUUUACAUUUACAAUACAUCCCAAUCAACAGCUGAUUAAAGGCUCUCUGUAAAUGAUUUAUUGUAACU